AUGUCUUUGACCGGUGCAGAGAAACGCAGCUUGGAAGCUUUGAUGAUGCGUUUGGCGAAGCGCCGCAGAAAAACGGAGAUCGCGGAGGAAACCAGCUGGAAUACGGAGGAUGAAGAGGAAGACAUCCAGCUGUCCAGGCGCAAGAUCAUCGAGCAUUUGGAGACGGUGGGUUUGGAGCAGUGGCGGGCCAUGUACGAGAAGAGUGCAGAGAAGAAGGAAGAAGAGAGCCAAACCGGAGAAGUGAGUGAAGAUUGCCCUACUCUGGUGACAGCCGGUGCUCUCUUCAUGAUGCAGGAUCCGCUGACUGUGGCGUAUAUGCAUGUUCGUUGGGGUCUCACUUCACAUAUGAGCUGUGGUCGGCCUCCUAUUGACGAGGAGUUGCAGCAACGGUGCCAGAACAUAUGGGGUAUAAACAGCAGUCUGCAAUUUAUGUGGACCACACAAUACGCAAUGACCCAGGUCUUGACCGACAGAUCCAAGAUUCGGCAGCAAAGGUAA